AUGAGCAGUACCUUGCCUAAAUCAUUGACGCACAUUCUCUUCUCCGAGUCAGUGGCCGCGAAGCUGUGGUAUGUGGCGAGCAAAGCAUUGGGAAAGGCGGAACCACCCACCUUCUAUCCAGAAUAUACAGGUCGAGAUGGUGGGAGAUAUGUUUAUCGAGAUCUAAGCUUCUGGACUUCGGGGUUCUUCCCCGGAUCUCUGUACCUGCUGCUCGAACGGCAAACCAUGUACGACCACCGCCGUAUCAGGGAGAGAACCACCGGACCCCACCCUCUACAACUCGAACAUCUGUGCCAAUGGUGGACCAUCAACCUGCACCAAAACGCCCUGCUGAGCACGACGCACGAUCUGGGGUUCAUGAUCGCCCCGUGGGCAAUCAAGGCUUGGGAGCUUCAGCACGACGCGCGCGCAUUCAGCACCCUCGUCGUCGCCGCCCACACCCUGGCGCGGCGGUUCUGUCCCCGCGUCCAGGCGAUCCGAAGCUGGGACACGUGCAUCACCAAGCGAUAUGCCUUCAAGGAUCCGUCCAAGGACUUUCUAGUCAUCAUCGACAACAUGCUCAACCUGGAUAUGCUUUUCUGGGUCGCGAAAGCGACAAACGACCGCCGUCUAUUCGACAUCGCGGUCGCGCAUGCCCGCACCACGCAACAGUAUCACAUCCGGCCCGAUAAUUCCUCAUACCAUGUGGUCAACUUUGACGACACGACCGCACAGCCGAAACAGAAACUCACUAACCAAGGAUUCAGCGACGAGAGCUGCUGGUCGCGCGGUCAAGCAUGGGGGAUCCUGGGAUUUGCGCAGACGUUCCUCUGGACGCAGGAUCGAUCCUUCUUGGCCACGGCGCAGGCGCUCGCGGAUUAUUUCAUAGAGCAUCUGCCGCCCGACGGGGUGCCGUACUGGGAUUUCGAUGCUCCCGUCACCGGCAAAACGCCUCGCGAUACUUCGGCGGCCAUGAUCGCCUCGUGCGGCAUGCUGUUACUUUAUAAGGCUUGCCGGACACAGGGAUUGGAGGAGGUUGCAGGUCGUUAUUUACGAGCUGCCGAGCGGAUUGUUCAAGGCACGCUCGCAUCGUGCCUGAACCCCCCGACGUUUCGCUUUGCUGUCUCAUCUUCGGAGGACCAGUUCGAGACGUAUGAGGACGGAGCGCCCUCCGAGCAUCAACCGAAGCAAGAAUUCGGCUCCCUGGUGGUCGAUGACGGGACAGAGGGAGGGAAGGCUCAUCACCCACCGAAAGAGACGAUUCUCAACGGUGCAACUAUCAACAACUAUGAGUUCGCGCCGCGACGCUGGGCUAACCAUGGCCUGGUCUAUGCGGACUAUUACUUCAUGCUCUUGGGGAAUAUGUUGCUUGAACUAGGGUUGGUAGAACCUGGGUUCUAG